UUUACAAUUCAGCAUGGGUCUUUGAUUAAAACAGAAUCAAGUGUUUACUGUCCACAUUAGUAUUUCGUUGUGCUUAUCAUGCGUACCGAAUUAGUACGGCUCGCACGAUCACUACCAAAGAUGCUGGAAACCUUACUGGAGCAACACAAUUUUGGUGCCCAUCGUCCGAAGCUGGCCGUAACGUGUUCCGACAUACCGAGCCGCUACAUUGAUCUGCUCAAGCAAAAAUGUGAUGUGAUCGUGUCCCACGGGACGAACCGUUCCGAUAUACUGCGCACCAUUUCAGGUGCCGAAGGGAUUCUAUGGCUUACUGCGGAUCGGCUCGAUUCGGAAGCGCUCGAUGCGGCUGGCCACCAGUUGAAGGUGGUCUCCACGAUGACAUCCGGCAUGGAUUACGUUGAAGCGGAUGAGUUCAACAAGCGUGGUAUUGCUCUUGGACACACGCCGAAAGUUGUAAACGAUCCAGUUGCAGACAUUGCCAUUGGGCUAAUGUUGGCUGCGGCUAGACGUUUUCACGAAGGACGACUGAAAAUUGCCAACGGACAGUGGGAAAUGCGACCGCAGUGGAUGCUGGGACAGGAUGUUCCCGGUUCGACCGUUGGUAUCGUUGGAUUUGGUGGCAUCGGACAGACGAUUCUGAAGCGCCUGAAAGGAUUCGAUAUUGGGCGGUGUUUGUAUACGGGCAGAAAUCGAAAACCGGAAGGUGACCAAGCCGGUGCAUCCUAUGUGGAUUUAACCACUCUGCUGCGGGAAAGUGAUUUCGUAUUCAUUGCCUGCCCGUUGACGGAACAAACGACUAAAAUGUUUAAUCGCGAAACGUUUGCACUGAUGAAACCUUCCAGUGUGUUGAUCAAUGUAGCCCGUGGAGGGAUCGUUGAUCAGGUGGCGUUGAUAGAAGCUCUGAAAAAUGGUACGAUUUUUGCUGCCGGUUUGGAUGUAAUGACGCCGGAACCGCUAGAUACGAACGAUCCACUCCUAUCGCUACCGAAUUGUGUUGUGGUUCCCCAUUUGGGAACAGCUACUAAGCAAAGCCUACUCGAUAUGUUUACCAUCACCGCACACAACGUACUUUCCGUUCUCGCUGGUGGAUCGCUCAUUGCACCGUUCCGUAAGUGA